CGAACGUAGAGUUAAGAACAUCGCACCAAAAAAAAAAAGUGGGCAGAGAAAAAUCGCGGACUAGUAGACCAAGACUAAAUUAUUUGUAAAAAAAAACAAACUAAGCAAAUAUUUUAAAUAUUAUAAAAAGAGAAUUUACUAUUACUAACUGGGCAACGUGUCUAAUUUAAAACUAUUAAAAUCAAUCAAUUAUCGAUGUGGUAAAUUUAACAGAAAUCAUUCCGAAAGAUGCGUUCCAAUUUCAGUAACAGUUAUGAAUAUAAACGCUAUAUAUCGUACGAACGUCAGGCAACCGCAUCACAAUAUGAACCCGGCGGUUACUCGUUGCAAGCACAAAACCGAAAUUCGGCCAAUAUGACCCAACGGGAUGGUAUUAUAAAAUUUGAGAACGAACGCAUCAAAACCCUCCAAGAAGAACGUUUACACAUACAGAAGAAAACAUUCACAAAAUGGAUGAAUUCAUUUUUAAUAAAAGCCAAAAUGGAGGUCGAAGACCUAUUCACAGAUUUAGCCGAUGGUAUUAAAUUACUUAAAUUACUUGAGAUCAUAUCAUCGGAGAAACUGGGAAAGCCAAAUAACGGUCGAAUGCGUGUUCAUAAAAUUGAAAAUGUCAACAAGAGUCUGGCAUUCUUGCACACCAAGGUAAGCCAGCUAAAGCCAGCUAGUCAGUCGAAUGGAGUCGACUGA